CAGGAAAGGAUACCACUUUGCACAACAAGCAGUUUCAUUGUGCUCUUUCCUGUGCGACGAUAGCGUGCAUCCAGACGAGCUAAGCUCCUAUUUGGACGAAUUGAUGGAGGGGACUAAGGAUGCGCACAGCCUAGCACUGGAAACACGCAACAAGUUUCGCGAGACUAGAGUAGGGGUUAUGAAGAUCGCAAAUGAAAUCCUACACGUGACCGGUUUUCUUAACAUUGACGUUGAAACUGCAGGCAUAAAAGCGAAGCGUCAUGAAAAUAUUGCGGAUAUGACCGACCAUACCUCCAGGCUCAUUACUAGUGCAUUACAAUACACUGCAACUAACUCAGCAAUCUUCGGUUCAGCCGGAUCGCAUCUUGCUAUCAUUUUACCGGCAGUUUUACCAAUCGUGGGUCUGCUAGCGGCAACCUUCGAAAAACAUUUUCGAAAUCGGGCUGCAAGACGCACAGCCCAACAAGCAUCAGCAAAGGAAAUCCUCGAGAUGUUGCACGGGAUGGAUUGUGCACUGCAGGAAGUCACAAAAAAUGUUGAUGCUUUCGUGAAUUGGUGGCUUCAUACGGAAACUAGACUCCAAAGAAUGAAGACUGUUGUACAAAACCGGGAGUCUCUUGGCAAGUUGAAAAGCGAAGAGCUCCAAAGAAAUUGGAUCGCAAUAUCAAAGCAAUACCAAUUUUACGUGGAUCGAGCAAGUACAUUGGUCAUAUUUGUUCAUCGGCUCUGUUAACCUCUCUUGAUUGCCAGAUAAGCAUGUUGCAAGACUUAUAUCCGUCUGUUGCCUAUAUCAAGGGUCCAGAUACGACAUCCUCGCAGCCUGUUCUCGUCGCUGGUAAAGUCGAAUGUCUAUCAUUGACAGUAGUGAAACCUGAACUGCCCAAAGCCGUGGAUGCUAGCCUGAAUCAAUUUCCUUUUUCAGAAGUUAUACAAUCUCUCUCUAUACAAGUUAAUAGCUGUCAGGCAGCUAUGGCUUCGCUCGGCACAGACCUAGUGACAUCGGAAAGACUCAAGAAGCAGCCAAUUGUACAAGAAUUGUACAAGGCGAUGAAGUCAAAGUUGAUCACAGAGCUGCACGAUUUGCAUACUUUUCUUCAAGAAAUGACGAUUUUCCCUGACAAGUUGACGCAUGGUGCCAUAGCACCAGACCAUCCGCACCACGAGAUCUUACAGGCUCAGAUCUCGGACAUAUCAAAGGAGUAUGAAGCAAGGUGCUACCAGCUUAUUGACACUCAUACCCAUAUUCGGAUCGCCUUUGCCUCAAAUAAGGAUCAGUUUUUGAAAUGUAUCAAACUACACCCACUUCGGAGGCGAAAAACUUGCCCUACUAUAGCCAAAGAAAAAACGACUUCAAGUAACUCUGUGCUAGAGGUAGAGUCCGCUCUGCACAAUAUCAGCGUUCUUCUUCAGAAUCUGCACGAAUUUUGGAAAUGUCGAAACGACUGGUGCGUCAUAGAACAAGCCAUAUUGUCCUCGAUGAAAUCCAUAGCAGGAUCAUUGGAUUCCCUGAGAGGUUCCGAGGUAGUCACUGGUAGUGCUAGUCCUUGGCAUCAUCGCUAUUUUUCGGCACGGACUUAACUCAUGAAAGCACUUGGCCGUGCCUUGAAAUAUAUGAGCCGCUCGUCUGAAUUACGCAGAUUUAAUGAGGUCGACAAAAGUGGUUUCUUAUUUGCGGAUACGUUUCGCUUGAAGAUCUCGCACCCAGUCGAGAUGCGGGUUGAGUAGCUUUAUAAUAUGGUCGAGUGCUGGAUCGAUUCUUGCACUCAGCAGUUACGAAGUAUGCUAAUGAAACAUAAACAUAUUUUCAACUGAAUACUAGUAGUACAACCAGAGUAAAGGUGACAUGUAUAGAAAGGCCCCAGGGCCUUUCAGUAACUUACUAUUAGGUCUUGAAACUAUUGCUACAUGUACUAAUAGCAUCAUGUCAAUGUUGCAGUAAUUGUUUGAAAUGUCCCGCUA